AUGCUGAUUAAUCGUCUCCGUCAUUUUAUUUUGCUCGGCAUUUUUGUGCGUUGCUUUGAAGAAUCGACAGUGUCGUCGAUGACGUUCUCGAACGACUCGCUAGUAAGGUCUGGGAGAGACGUCGGAACUAAGUAUCUGAUAUUUCCUCAAGGCAGCAACGUUCAACUCGUCUUCUGUCUAACCAUAAGCACGUAUGCAAAGCCCCAAGGAAUGUUUACCGUUGGUACUACCGCCGGGCUUGCGUGGGAACUACCCUACAGAAAUACUAUGCUGUACGGGAAGCCAGCUGAGGUUUAUCAUCGUCGGAGCAGAAGAGAGCUGUACCAUAAAGUGGAGCUAAUGCUAAGAACCCAGGGGAAGGACGGUAAGGCCUGCGUUCUCAAAGCAAUCUGCAAGGCUGCUGGGCGUAGGCGCGAAGACGUCGGGAAGAGAAGCUUCCUCGAGGAAACCCUACACGUUAUAUUCACCCUGCCUGGAGGACAGUAUGACAUCGAUCCGAUGACCGAGUACGAGCGAGCGUAUCACUUGGGCGAGAAUUGCGACGAGAUGCACGCCAAGUGUCCAGGUGUCUUUUGA